GGUCGCCAUCUUGUUCCCAGGAGCAGUUGGCGGAAGAGAUCGGGCUCCUAGGCCGCCGGCUGCUCGUGUACGGGAGUUGUCGCGGUCACGUCUCGGCCUCGUCUCGCCGCCUGGGGUCUCAGAGCUGUCGGUGUUCCCAUCUCACGCUCAUCGCUCGGCCCGGGGCACAGCGACGCGGCCCCCUUUUCCCGACGACGUUCCAUGGAGUAGGGUCUCGGACCGUUGUCCCGAAGAGCGAGAUCGAGCUGGGCCCCCUCCCGCCUCCCUCUCCCUCCUUCCUUCCGCCGCAACAUGGCCAACAACAGCCCCGCGCUGACAGGCAACUCGCAGCCGCAGCACCAGGCGGCGGCCGCCGCGGCCCAGCAGCAGCAGCAGUGCGGCGGCGGCGGCGGCGCCACCAAGCCGGCGGUGUCGGGCAAGCAGGGCAACGUGCUGCCGCUCUGGGGCAACGAGAAGACCAUGAACCUCAACCCCAUGAUCCUGACCAACAUCCUCUCGUCGCCGUACUUCAAAGUGCAGCUGUACGAGCUCAAGACCUACCACGAGGUGGUGGACGAGAUCUACUUCAAGGAUUGACUCAGUCUUGCAGCGAGGCUUGGAGCAGCCCAGGGUCGCAGGUAGAGGUUACACAUGUUGAACCCUGGGAGAAAGGGAGCAGAAAAACAGCUGGCCAAACUGGGAUGUGCGGAGGGGUUCGAGGUGUUGGAACAGGAGGAAUUGUUUCUACAGCUUUUUGCCUGUUAUACAAAUUGUUUACCCUGAAGUUAACUCGCAAGCAAGUGAUGGGUCUCAUAACACACACAGACUCUCCAUAUAUUCGAGCCCUUGGAUUUAUGUAUAUAAGGUAUACACAGCCCCCUACAGAUCUUUGGGAUUGGUUUGAAUCCUUCCUUGAUGAUGAAGAGGACCUGGAUGUGAAGGCUGGUGGAGGCUGUGUAAUGACCAUUGGGGAAAUGCUGCGGUCUUUUCUCACAAAAUUGGAGUGGUUUUCCACCUUAUUUCCAAGAAUUCCAGUUCCAGUUCAGAAGAAUAUCGAUCAGCAGAUUAAAACUCGGCCUAGAAAAAUCAAGAAAGAUGGGAAGGAAGGUGUUGAAGAAAUAGAGAGACAUGUUGAACGCAGACGUUCAAGGUCUCCAAGGAGGUCACUGAGUCCAAGAAGGUCCCCACGAAGGUCAAGAAGUAGAAGCCAUCAUCGGGAGGGCCAUGGAUCUUCUAGUUUUGACCGAGAAUUAGAAAGAGAGAAGGAGCGACAGCGACUAGAGCGUGAAGCCAAAGAAAGGGAAAAAGAAAGGCGAAGAUCCCGAAGUAUGGAUCGCAUGUUAGACCGCAGGCGUAGCAGGAGUAGAGAAUGGCAUAGAAGUCGAAGUCGAGAUAGGAAAGGGGAGAGAAGGGACAGAGAAAGGGAAAGAGAAAAAGAAAACGAGCGAGGUAGAAGGCGAGAUCGUGACUAUGAUAAGGAAAGAGGCAGUGAUAGAGAAAAGGAGAGAGAGCGUUCAAGAGAAAGGUCCAAGGAGCGGAGAAGUAGAGGUGAGACAGAAGAGAAAAAAUAUAAAGAAGACAAAGAUGAAAGGCGACAUAGAGAUGACAAAAAUUCCAAGAAAGAGAAAAAACACAGUAGAAGUCGAAGCAGAGAAAGGAAACAUAGAAGUAGGAGUAGAAGUAGAAAUGCAGGGAAACGGAGUCGAAGUAGAAGCAAAGAGAAAUCAAGUAAACACAAAAAUGAAAGUAAAGAAAAAUCAAAUAAGAGAAGCAGAAGUGGAAGUCAAGGAAGAACUGACAGUGUUGAAAAAUCAAGAAAACGGGAACGUAGUCCCAGCAAAGAAAAACCUAGGAAGCGCAGCAGAAGCAAAGAACGCUCGCACAAAAGAGAUCACAGUGAUAGUAAGGACCAGCCUGACAAACAUGAUCGUGGCAGGAGCCAAAGUGUAGAAACAGAGAGUCAAGAAAAACAAAAUAAAAACAAAGAUGAGACUGUGUGAAAAUUUUUGUAAAAGUGGAUCACAUUGAAUCCUGUUCACAUUUUGAUUAAAUCUGCUUUCUCCCCUCCUGAGAUGAGAUUGUGCAGUAGUUAACGCACUCUUCAAGCUCCCUGUAGGCUGCAUUUGCGUUUCCUCUUUUGUGUAGGGAAGUGCCUUUGUAAUCCCAUAUAUUGCAUUGAUGUCUUCACCCAGUUGAGUUUGAUACAUGAUGCACAGAUUGUUCUUGCAUUUUUGUUUGAUUAUUUUUUGCGAUGUACAGUCUGUACAUAUGUCCAAAAUGUUCUAAUUCCUUUGGCCUAGUUGCCAUGUUGGUUAAAUUUGUAUAAGGCAAUAAACUGCCGCCAAUUCUAUUUUUGUUUGUAGGUGUGGGAUUAUGGUUUGUGUACUGAAGUUAGCAUGAGGACUGUUUUUAUGUAAUAGAAUGCUGAAGACUUUGAGAAUGGAUCUUGAAUGUCUGUUAGAGGAGAAUUUUGUGUUUUCAGUGUUAACGAAGGCAACAGUUUGUAGGAUUAACAUUCUUGUCCACUAUAUUAUCUUGGAAGGUGGUUGUUAAUAUGUUACACUUAACAUUCUCCACAGUUAACUUUAGAGGGAAUUUAUAAAUUUAUUUCUGAAGCGGAGGUUUAAGUUUAAAUUAGGCUGUGAUUUGAUCAAAAGUCCUUUUAGCAUUCUACCUCAAAGGGACACUGUUAGUAUGCCUAAAUUUUAUUUACUUGGUUUUCCUUUUUUAUUUGAAAGUGAUACAUGAUGUGUAAUCUCUUUUCUUGAAUUUUCUCAGAUUUUUUAAGUACUAUAUUAAAAGAAAAAUGUCUAAAGCAUUCUUGCAGCAACCCUGUACUAACAUGAAAUUGGGAGAGGAUCGUGGGGCAGAUGAGUAGAGAUAUAGAUUCAAGCCUCAAGCUUCCAAAGCAUUUUUUAUAAAUAGAAAAAUACUUAAAUUAUGAAACAGCUUGAUAUAUAGUGUCCUUUUUUAAAAAAAAUUCAAAACUUUUUUUUAUUGAUAAUGAAGAUUGCUGUUUGAGUUUUUAAACUUAAUCUAGAACAGAGACAUAUUAAAAGUAAUGCUAUGCUGCAUUAUUUAAGAUUAUCAGCAAAUUAUUUGAUAGAUUGUACUUUCAACUUGUAUUCUGAUUACAAAGAACCAUCAUGAGUGUGGAAUAAAUACUGGAUUAAAUCCUUUA